AAUCCAUUAAGAAUACUAUGUCCCUGACAAGUUCCAUGACAACUUAAACAAAACCAUUAAAAUAUCUUCUUUUGUUUAACGUGGUUUAAUCGACCAUUCUGUUUUCAGUAAUUUAUUUUGCCUCUUCGAACUUUCUCGGAAAAAAAGUGAUUGGAUUAGGGAAGAAUCGCAGACAGUGUUCCGCUUCUUCAUCGAACUUGCCGGUUGUCAUUGACCUCUCUUUCUUUCCCUUUCCUUUUUCUCCAUCUCUCGCAACUCUUCACCUCACCGCGUCAUUCGCACGCUGAGACAGCAACCUCCGAACACUGAAUCGUGAUUCGCAGUGUAUGACGAGCGCUUCGGAGCUAUUUCACUCCAGAAGGCAUCGAUUGGGACGAAGUGCUCUCGAUCUAGGGCUCGACACCGAACUCAACGCCGCCGAUUCUCUCCGCCGCCACUACCACCUCCGCCGCCUCCGUCACCACCCGGAGCGUGCAUCUGAUAGAAUUGAUGGGAGCUAUCGGCGGUCUUUCGCAAGCGAGAGCGUUGAUUCUGAAGAAAAUGUGAGAAGUAGUCUUAGAGGAAGUGACAGUGAGAGACUACCCGUGGGUGUGGUUCUUGCACGGGCAAGGCUCCUUCAGAGGUUGAGAGGGGAACCUCUAUCCACAAACAGGCAAUAUGAUAGAGAUUCAUUUGGUGAGGAUCGAGAAAGUGAAUUGUCAAACGAAGAUCCAACCAGGGCAUCUCUAGUUUCUGACUUGACUUCUCAAAUGGCAAGGUCCCAGUUCUUGCAAGAGCUAAACACAAAGCCACCUGGGCUUACUCAAGAGGCCUUGGACUGUUUGCAUCAAGAAGUUUUUAGCAGCAGUGGCAAUGAGAUAGGAUUGGAGUCCAGGGUACUGCAGGAUUGCAGUAUAUGCUUGGAGUCAUUCACAGAUGGAGAUGAGCUGAUACGUUUGCCAUGUGGACAUAAGUUUCACUCUGUUUGCUUGGAUCCUUGGAUUCGCUGCUGUGGAGACUGUCCAUACUGUCGAAGAAGUAUAGUUGUAAUUAACUAAAUACUCACUUACCACAGAACGAGGAUGAGUAGGUUGGUUUUCUAGAUUGACUUUGUUUUGUUCUGUGGUUGUAUGUCAGGAUAAGAAUGCUGUAGUGGAGCUGGUUUUUUUGUAAGGAUGCUUAAUACUUGUCUCUUAUCUUGAUAUUAUGUAUUUAUUUUUAUUUUUUUUCCUUUUCCUGGUGACAAUGGGAAAGAUGUGGGUAGCUAAAUAUGGUAUUGUAAGACGUGUUAUAAAAUAAUAACAGCCACGUGAAUAGUAAAUAGUAAUUUUAAUAUUUGUAUUCUUAUCGGGAAGAUACCUAUUCAUUUGCAUCAA